AAUUUGAUGCAUAUUUUUUGCACGCUGCGGAACUGAGUUAUAAUAGCGCGCAAUUAAGUUCAUAAUAGAGCAAUUUAACGCAUACUUGAUAUUUGAAUGUGAGCUUUAAAAGCUGCACAAGGUGACCGCUUCAAAGAGUCAUUGUACAACACCGUGUUACCGUGUUACCAAAACUGAAAGCUUUGUGAUGUAACAGGCAGCGCGCAAAGAGAAAGAAGUCGAAGAAACAGAACCAAAAACAGUCUAAAAAUAUGACAAACAACAACAACAACAAUAACGUAACGAAGUUUAAAAGUUAUUGUUGUUGAUGAGCGCGGAGCCGAGGGAAACGAAGGGCUCUGAAACUAAUUGCUCAGCAUGGGAAACCAAGCGCCGAGAUAAAUACACCACGCGAAACCGGCUCGGGCAUUCAGUUUGUCGCUGGCCGACGGAAGUGACGGACCCGCUGAACUGGAGCACGGCUGUAAAACUCAACGUCAUCGCGGGGGAAAUUCUACGAGAGUCGCGUCGCUUUGAAUUGGAAUACAAUGGAGUACCUGCAGCAGGCCUAUGAGAAAAUAUUCGGAGCCGAUGCAACGUUGUCAGACGGCACGCAGGGCACCUACCAGACUCCACGCAAAGUGGUUUGUUUUGGCAACGUGCUGCUGGAUCGCAUUGUCAAGCUGGAGGAGCCGGAGCUGCUGCAGCGCUACGAGCUGAAGCUGGGCUCCAAGGGCGAAAUGGAUCUGCAGCAGCUGAGCAACAUGGCCACCGAGGCAGCCGGCGGCUCCGGCUGCCUGAGCAAUCCGGGUGGCUCGGCCCUGAACACGGUGCGCAUCUUGAAGCAGCUGGGCACGGAUGCCCAGUUCUUUGGAGCGAUUGGCGCCGAUAAGCACGGCGAGCUGCUGCACUCCAUAUUGCUGGAGCGCGGCAUUGAGGCGCGUCUGCAGAUCGUCGAGGAUGUGCCCACGGGCCAAUGUGUGUGCCUCAUGCACAACGAUAAUCCCACGCUGUACGCCAACGUGGGCGCCUCGGCGCACUUCUCGGUCGAGGAGCUGAAACGUGUCGCCAGCCACGAUACUCAAAGCUUUCUGCGUCCCAUUGAACGCAAGCAAAUCCUCUAUAUUGAGGGCUUCUUUUUGCCACAGCGCAGCGAGGUCGUGGACUAUAUACAGGUGCAUCUGGUACGGGAGCGUCGCUAUCUGGCGCUGAAUCUCAGCGCUCCCUACAUUGUGCGCCAGCACUCGGACAAGAUGCUGGAGCUGGCACAGCGUGCGCUGUUAAUAUUUGGCAAUCGCCAGGAGUUCGAGGAGCUGGCCAAGACAGCCGGCUGCCAGAGAGUGGAGCAGCUGGCACAACAGCUGCUGCAGUCUGGCAGCCAGCCCAAGAUCAUACUCAUCACGAACGGCGCGGCGGGCGUGCAGCUGGCCACCAACUAUGUGGCUGAGCUCUCGCCGCCGGGCGAGCUCAGAUUCGAGGAUUACCGGGCACAGCGCGCCGAGCAGCUGGUGGAUGCAACGGGCGCCGGCGACGCCUUUGUCGCCGGCUUUCUGCACGCCUGGCUGGAGAAGCGUUCGCUCAGCGAAUGCGUGCGCCUGGCCAGCCAAGUGGCCGCCAAGGUGGUCACCCAGGUGGGCUGCAACCUGCCUUAGCCUGGCGCCACACCUAGCCUUUGUCUUUGGUAUGCGGAUCACACAAAGAUUUCGUUGACUCAGCGAGCGCGCACACUGACACCAAAGUAGACCUUUAUAACACGAAUCUUACACUAUAUAAUAUAUAUAUAAACAUAUAUAUAUAUAUAUAUAUGUACUUAGUUCCUUAUGAGACAAUGCACUUAGUGAGUAAUCUAUUUGCGCUCUGACUGUGGUUAAACAAUGAGAAAAUAUUUACAAAUAUAUUCAAUAAUAAUUGUUUUCAUAUCGAAAAGUGAGCUGUCGAAUUUUUAUAAACGAAAAUCCAACGCAAUGCUCCACAAAUACUUUCUAUAUUUGUGGUAUAUGUAGAUUAAGCUCAUGCUUUAUAUAUAUAUAUACUACAUAUAAAUCAGUGUAUCUAUAGAUUCCACAGGGAUUAGGGACCACUCGAUUCCUUGCUAGAAAAAAUAUUUACAUAAAUCUAUUUAUUAAGGUACCUCAAACAGGUUCUAUCUACCUACGCUUUAACAAGGCCAGCUCUUUGUUUAUUUUUCUGCAAUUUUAUAUCUUAUCUGUAAGAGUACAUUUUUUUUAAGUACUUAAAGCAAUUAAUUUAUGACGCCGCCGGAUAAACAGGUUUUAUAGUUAUAUACAAUAUAUAUAUAUAAAAUAUAUAUCUCCUUAUAAAGCUUAAGGGUUUUAUAGUUUGUGAAGUGAACUUUUAAGAAGUCAGCGCCAUGUUGCUCCCAUUGAAUCUCUUAAAUGUUAUUUUGAAAAAUUAUUUUUCUUGUUUUUAAAUCAAUAUUUGUAUUAUUCAUCUCUAUCUUGUUUGUGUACGCAUUCUUUUA